AUGAGCAGCAACGCCACCAAGUUCCUCAUGCUCCUCACCACCGCAACCACCACUCCUUCCCCACUCCGUUACCCAUCUCUCCUCCGCCUCACACGCCACCACUCUCAUCACAUCCCCUCAUCUCUCUCCUCCCUUUCCCACCACCACCUCAACCUCUUCUCUCACUCCCUUCCCUACCCUUUAAAAAUCAAUUCCUCCCCUUGCGACCACUACCACCACCAACUCCACACCUCUGCCCAUUUCUCUGAUUCCCCUUCCCCUUCCACUUCCUUUCCUUCUACUUCCGGGUUCUCCCACCCCUGGCCUGAGUGGUCUAAUUUUGUUAAAAACCUCUCCGUGGCCGGUUACUUUAAUAUCAAGCAUGGUUUUAACACUCCAAUUGAUGAGGUCAUCUCAGUUGACGAUUUACCGGAGGAGUUCUUGCAUUCUUGCACCGCUUCCUUAGCUUUCGCGCGCGAUAAACCUCAUGCUUUAGGGAUGCUUUCGAGAAGAGAUAUUGAGGUGGUGGUUCAAAAUGGGUCGCCAUUUUUGUUCAAGAAUAGUGACGAUUCAGUUAGGAGGAUGGAGUUGUUUUUGCACGGCAGUGAUAGUAAUGUGAAAUUCAAUGUUGAUAGUGAGCGGACAUCCAUCUAUUUUGAUGUUGAUAGUGAGGCUUCUCGAAGGCUAAUGCCUUCCAUGUUCUCAAGGGGCAACAUUGAUUGGAAUAAGAUUAAGUACUUUGAGGAGUCUCAGGAACAUUUUAAUGUUGUGCCAAAUACUGAUAAAGCACGCACAUUGGACCUGAUGAAGUUUUUAUUGAGUUAUGCCAGCAUUCUUGUUUCUUCUGAGAAGACCAAUCUUCUUAAUGCACAACUUGUGGAGUCUUCUGUUCGAAGUCUCUUCACUGAGUUGACCCAGCUGGGCUAUAAUGCUGUGGAGACAACCCUGUCUGGGUCAUUCCAAAAUCAGUUCCCAGAUAGAUAUGGACAAACACCAAGGCCUCGUGGGCAAAACAUUGAAAUGAAAAGAGGCGACUGGAUAUGCUCACGGUAG